AUGACAGUUUCUGCAAGCAUUAGCAUCCCGUCGUCUAUGUACGCGUGGAGGAAGCAUAAGGGAAACCCUGAGCCUGUGAGUAACGACAUAUUCACUAGGAGUAAGCGGAGGAUUCUUAGUGAAAUUACUAGCCUCUGGGGCGACCAUUCACUUCUCACGAGUGAAAAACAGCGCCCUUGGUUUCAAGAGAAAUACACCCUGGGUCAUGAAGGAUGUGCCGAGAUUGUACAGAUAGGCGACCAAGUGAAAGACGCCGGUUUCAGCGUGGGAGAUCGAAUCGCGACUAUCGCGGUUCCUGGCUGUGGAUCAGAGAACUGUGCGGAGUGCUCACGGGAUCUCGCUCAGCUAUGUGAGCAAGCCCAUCACGCCGGUAUUGGUCAGGACGGCUUUUAUGCACCAUAUGCAGCGCUAGAUCUGCGAGCAGUGGUUCAUGUCCCGGAAGGAAUUCCGUCAUCCGUGGCAGCAGUGGCAACGGAUGCCGUCAAAACGAGCUAUCACGCCAUCGUGAGACGCGCAGAGGUCAAGUCUAACGAGACAGUAUUUCUGUUUGGCCUUGGAGGCCUCGGGUUCAAUGCGUUGCAAAUUGUUCUGCAUAUCGGGGCUCGAGUUAUUGUUUCUGAUAUUCGACAAGAACGGCUGGAGGAAGCUGCACGGUGGGGUGUUCCUCGACAGGAUCUAGUACCAGCUGGGAAGUCAGUACAGGAUUUUGUGCGUGAAAAUGGGUUGCAGGGGAAGAUUGACACUACCCUGGAUUUUGUGGGAACGCACCAGACUUUCCAGGAUGCACAAAACAUUGUUCGAAGGGGAGGAAAGCUUCUCUGUGUUGGUACUAUCGACGAGGAAAACACAGUCGACAUGAAGAUUGGGAUCCAGAAAAGACUAAGCAUUAUCUUUACGUACGGCGGGCAAUGGAGAGAUCUGAAAGAAGUCCUGGAUUUGAUCUCGAAGGGAGUAAUUCAGCCGCAGGUUGAGACUGCUGGCUUGAGGGAAUUCCCCAAUAUCUUAAAGAAUGUUUGUGAUGGAAAGGUCAAAGCCCGGGUUGCCCUGCUGCAUGAGUAG